AUGUCUCCUUCCACUGGUAAAAGUACCAGCAAUGCAUCAGUCGCCUCUGACGAGUCCUGUCGUUUUGAAACCAUCCAGAUUAGCGACACAGAGGAGCCUGAGUUUUAUCGAAAAGGAGGCUUUCACCCAGUUCAUAUCGGUGAACACUUUGACGGGAGACGGUACAGAAUUGCCCAUAAGCUUGGUCAUGGCGGCUUUUCCGUCGUGUGGCUAGCUUACGACUCCUUGGAGUCUAUCUGGGUGGCCCUCAAGAUUGUGGCUGCUGAGGACUCCCCCAUGACGGAAGAAAAAGCAGUCAUGUGCCACAAUAUCAUUUCGCAAAUGAAAGACGAAAGAUUCAUCACUUAUAAGCGCUUCUUUCGCAUCGAAGGACCGAAUGGCCGUCAUCUAUGUCUAGUCUUGCCACCUUGUGGCCCUUCUUGCAACACCCUGUCCCAAUACCUACAGAGUAGGAUUCAUCCCUGGCUGGCGCGUCGCGUGGCUUCUCAAGCUACGCAAGCUAUCGCAGAUCUUCAUGCUCAGGGCCUCUAUCACGGAGGCGCAGAUGCCCCUCGAUAUAUCGUUGGCAACCUCGACUUCACAUCGGCAGAAGACCUCAUACUUGACGAUAUUUGUUUGAUCGAUUGUGAUCAAGCGUUCCUAGUCUCUGCGCCCCCCAAGAAGACACUUGGGACACCUCCAGGCUUUCUGGCGCCUGAGGUGGCAGUUGGAAAACCAGCCAGCCCAGCGGGUGAUGUUUGGGCUCUGGGCUGUACCAUCCUACAGAUCAGGUCAGGCUCAUCCCCUUUCUCGAUUCCCAACGUCGAUAGCCCAGCGAACUUGCUUGGAUGGGUCAGCGAGUACAUUGGCCGCAUGCCGACAUCAUGGGGGAAGCCAGUAUUCGACGAUGAUGGCCAGCCAACGACGGACACGGCUAAUGGCGAGCACCUAGGUGAAAUGCUUGAAAACACAAGAUCGUUAAGGCAAUGGAUCAGCGAGAUCUGGGAUCAACCAGAAAAUCUCGAGGAGCUCCAGCCAACAUCAACUGCGCCAGACAGAGUAAAGGAUGAGAACAAACCAUAUCUGAAAUGUUACAGCAACAAAUUUUGGAAACCUACCGCAUUCAGAAUUGACGAUGUCUACCUUGGAGCAUACUCCGACAAAGUUGAUAAGAUCAUUGAGUCACUGCCGAAAAUAUCUACGCAAGAGGUUGAAUUACUAUAUGAUCUAAUAUCUAAAAAUUUCGUUUAUGAGCCUGCACAGCGAGUGUCUGCAAGAGAUAUCUUGGCUCAUCCAUGGUUUCAUAUAGAUGAUACAACAUGA